GUUCAAGCUAGCAUUAUUAUUUACUCCCUUCCCAUUAUUGUUUAAGCUUUGGGUACUGUUUGGUUUCUUUUCAAAUAUGGAAACCUUGAUUUUUUCUGUCGGUGUAAUAGGCAAUGUAAUCUCAGUGCUCAUGUUUCUUUCUCCAGUAGGAACAUUUUGGAGAAUAAUAAAGAAUAGAUCAACAGAAGAUUUUGAGAGUCUACCAUACGUAUGUACAUUACUAAACGCAGCGUUGUGGACUUACUAUGGAAUUAUAAAACCAGGAGCUUACCUUGUUGCUACUGUAAAUUCCUUUGGUAUCCUUACAGAAAUUGUCUUUGUUACUAUAUUCCUUAUUUACGCACCUCAAAAGACGAGGGCGAAAACAGCGAGUCUGGUUGGGUUGUUGGACGUCGGAUUUUUAGCGGCAGCGAUUCUGAUAACUUGGCUAGCUCUGGAAGGAGAUGUUCGGAUUGACGCGACGGGGUUCAUGUGUGCCGGUCUUAAUAUUAUUAUGUAUGGUUCGCCUCUAGCUGCUAUGAAAACAGUGGUGACGACCAAGAGUGUGGAGUUUAUGCCCUUCUUCCUUUCUUUCUUCUUUUUCUUGAAUGGAGGAAUUUGGACUUUCUAUGCUGUUCUCACAAAGGACUAUUUUCUCGGAGUGCCAAAUGGGGCAGGAUUUUGCCUUGGAAUAGGACAACUAUUGCUCUACGCAAUUUACAGGAAUGCAAAACCUUCCAAAAAAGUUAGUGAUGGUGGCUUGGAAGAAGGAUCGCAGCAUGAGACCCUUAUCUCAUCAUAUCAGCCACACCACGAAAUUGAAGCAUGAAGAGCUACUGCUAGCCUCACAACAAAACAUUGUUUUUAUCUUUUGUUUAAUUUGUUAAUUACCACAGUUUGUAUUUAAUUGCCGGUCGGGAGAGCAAAUUCAUUCUGAAGCCUCUGUAUUUUUAUUAUUUUAUUUUUCUGAUUUUUUAAUGUUA